AUGGCAAAAGGAAGACUGGAGAGUCUAUUGAAAAGACUCAAAAGAACACCAGAGCUUCUAUCAGCCUACCAUAAGGAAAUAGACCAGCUUCGCGUCCAAAACUUCGUAGAGGAGGCAGACCAGAAUUACGAAGGACUCCACACUUAUCUGCCACACCAUCCUGUCAUCCGACAGGACAAAAAAUCCACGAAGAUUCGACCGGUAUUCGACGGGGCGGCAAAAUCAAAGUAUGGCCCAAGCCUCAACGAUGUCUUAGAAACCGGCCCGAACCUAAAUCCCGAUCUGCUAGCCGUCUUAAUGCGAUGCCGUUUGAACAAAAUCGCAUGGAUAGCAGACAUCGAAAAAGCUUUCUUAAACAUCGCCCUGCAUCCUGAAGACGCCGAAGCUGUCAGAUUCCUGUGGAUCACGGAGCCAGAAACGCCAAAUCCGCCUCUAGUGGCAUACAAGUGGAAACGAGUCCCAUUUGGGCUCAGCUCCAGCCCAUUUUUGCUGCGAGCUACACUAAACAAGCACCUAGACGGCAUGGAAUCAAUCUACUCCACCACAGUAAGACAGCUCAAGGAGCAAAUUUAUGUUGACGACUACCUUGGAGGCGCCGACAACAUUUCCACAGCCAAAACCAGGAUACAAGAGACGAAAUCCAUCUUCCAGGAGGCAAAACUCAACAUGCGAAGUUGGGUCACCAACGACAAAACAGUUCGCAAAUUUCUCAGUGAAAAGGGGCUCAUCAACCCCAUAGUGAAGAUUUUUACUCAGAAACUGGAAGAAGGUCAGCCUAAGGUCCUAGGGAUUCGAUGGGAUACCGAAUCCGACACCUUCCAAUUCGAUCCCGCACCUAUCAUCGAAGCUGCGACAGAAUUGGGAGAACUAGUGACCAAAAGAAAUAUUUUAAGAAUAUCGGCAAGAGUAUUCGAUCCCAUUGGGUUUCUAGCACCCACAACGCUCCUGCUGAAAAUUUUCUACCAGAAACUUUGGGAAGCCGAAAUUGACUGGGAUGUGGAAGCGCCUCCUGAAAUACGGAAGACAUGGAUAGCAGCCAUGACUGGGUUGAACGAGUUUGCCAACUUAAAAAUCCCACGUUGGAUAGGCUACUCGAAAAGGGUCAUACAAAAUGCAGAAAUUCAUGUCUUCGGCGACGCAUCCGAGGCCGCUUAUGGAGCCGUUGCCUACAAAAAGGUCACCUUACCAAGAUUGGAGCUAUUAAGCUCACUUUUGGCGGCACGAUUGGGAGAAAAACUCAAGAACUUUCUCCACAUCGAAUCGUGGCGAACUAUAUUCUGGGCUGACUCUCUAGUGGCACUUGGCUGGAUCCGAGGAGACACCAACAGGUGGAAACCAUUCGUCAGGAACCAAGUCGAUGCUAUUAAGAAACUUUCUGGCCCAAAUUGGUGGCGGCACUGUCCAGGCGUCCAAAAUCCUGCGGAUCUCGCCUCGCGGGGAGCGCCAGCCGUAACGCUGGUACACUCCGAGCUAUGGUGGAACGGACCAUCAUGGCUGAAAGAAGACGAAACCAAAUGGCCGGAUUCAACGCCCGAGGUAGAAGAACCCAGCAUCCAUGAAAGAAUCGAAGCGGAAGCAAAAUCAAAAACCGUCACCAUGUCGGUAGCUUCCGUGGAGCCAGCCACUCCAGUGGAAUGGCACCUGGAUCGAAUUCCGUCUUGGAAUCGACUACUCAGAAGAACUGCUUGGAUACUGAGAUUCGCCUCCAAAAACCGCCCCACAAACGCCACACAAGUGAAGACUCCAAUCAAGACAGGAGACGGAAAACAGAUAAUGGUAGAACAUCUAAAAGUAGAGGAACUGACGAAAGCGGAGCUACUUAUUUAUAGGCAGCUCCAAAAAGAAGCUUUUCCCAAGACGUUUCAAGAUCUGGAAGAAGGGCGGCAACCGCACCAUAAGGAGAAAAUUGCCGCACUCCGACCCGUGUGGGACGCAAGAGACAAGUUGAUUAGAAUAACAGGAAGAGUAGAGCUAGCGCUAAGAGACAGGGAGAUUGAACCCGCCAUCUUGCUUCCCGCUCAACAUCCAGUCGUCAAACUAAUCAUCCAAGAUCGACACGUCUCGCUAAAACACGCUGGAAAACGCAAGCAAACGGAUCCUACAUCCUCCACGGAUCCCUCGUCAACGGAUGGUCCGACUUUGGAGCCUACGGUAGAGCCUCCAGCGAUGGAGCCCAUUGAAGAACCUCCAACCACAGAACCAUCGGAGGAAAAUGAAGAAAAUCUCCAAUUGUACGAAUCCUAA